CGACGUUCUUACGACACUGCCAGCAAAAAUGCCGACGCCGCCGCCUUUUCCUUCACGACAUCUUGCAUCCGAGACCCCGUAUUGCAGUGUCCAUGACAACGAUGUCAUUUCAAGGCCAGCGCCGCGAACGAGCCAGUGGCAUGUUCAAAUGGGCGCGAUUUACAUGUCCCAAUUCACAGCCGAGGCCGCUCGGGGUCUGGUGCUGCCCACGCUGUUCCUGUAUUGCCAGUCCCUAGGGGGUUCCCUCGAAGAUAUGGGUCGAGCCACGUCUAUCUUCAGCAUUGGUCGGCUGGCGUCGUCGGUGCUGCUUGGCUGGCUUUGCGAUCGGUUCUCGUUUCGAUCGGUGCAUAUCGUGUGUGCAAUUAUUGGCAUCUUUGGCAACCUCCUCUAUGUUGCACCUGCGUCUUUUAAGUCAAGUCCUGCCUCCACCGACACAACGCCCAACGCGUUUGUAUGGCUGUAUGCAAGCCGCUUCCUUGUCGGCUUUGGGGCGGGCAACCUCAGCGUGUGCCGCGCCAAUGUCGCUGCGAUGACGCCCAUGCGUCACCGACUUCAGUACAUGAACCGAUUGGCGGUGGUGGUAUUUCUCGGGUACGCGCUGUCCCCAGGCAUCGGUGGCUUGUUUGCGUCCUUGAACAUACGCAUUUGGGAGGUGCCCAUCAAUGCGUUCACGAUGCCGGGGCUACUCUUGGCAGCCCUGAACCUCCUCUCGCUCGUGUGCAUGUUGGUUAUGUUUGACAAUUCCAUUGAAGCGAGCGAUUCCCCAUCCCUGUCGUCGCAGGACGAUGCGACCCCUCACGCCAAGUUGACCGAUGAGGACUCUCUAAAGCGGGACAGUUGGGGCAUCGCCAUCUUUCUCCUGCUCAAUGUGGUAGGUCGGGGGGUAAUCGCCUCUUUCGAAACCGUUCUCGUGCCGUUGCACCUUCAAACACUUCAAGCGGUAUCAGCUACGUCCCCCCAAGACCCUGUGCACGCCGUGGCGGCCUUUCAAUUCUUCAUGGGUCUCCUUGGGCUGCUCACGUAUGUCGCUGUCGAGUUGUGGCGGGAUGCACUCGCCGACAUUGCAUGGCUCGUGCUUGGUCUGGGGGGGGUUGCGGUCGGGAACGCGCUCUUGCUCGUGGAACCGCCAAAGUGGUCCGUCUAUUGCACAGCCAUUUAUUUGGUGUGGUCUGUGGGGGGCCCACUUCUUACGGCGGUGACAGUGGCAGCAUUUUCGAAGCUCCUUGGCGCCCAGCCCCAAGGCCUGUGGAUGGGGGUGUUUGGUUCUGUAGGUUCUGCCGCACGCAUCGUUGUGCCCGUCAUCCCUGCCCUUUUCGCCACGCUGCAACCCAUGUUUUGGAUCAACUUGGGGCUCUCCGGAUUCGGCAUUGUCAUGUUAACGGCAUUCAUUGUACACUCCGCUCGAAGGAAAGCCGCUCGAGAAGACGCUGAACCACCAAGCGUGUGCGUAUGAACAAAUGCAACAACGAUGCAGACCGCAGUACUGUAGCUAGUGCAGCAGUUUUAGAGAGGGUUUCAGCGUCAAUGCGACAACUAAAUGGGGGAAAUUAACUUUGGAUAUAUUUGUGGUAAUGUAUUUUGAGCGCC